GCGGAGGGCCGCCGUGGCGUCGGGCCCCGGGCCAAGCCGGGGGUGGGGGCUCGAGGCGCCUCCGCGGCCGUGGACUAGCGUCCGUGCGGCCUGGUCCGGGCCAUGUCCGUGUGAGGACCCUGCAGCCGCCGCCGCCGCCGCCGCCGCUUCCGUUUCGGCCCUGGCCCCUGCCCGGCAGCGCCGCUCACCAUGGGCUCCAUUCUCAGCCGCCGCAUCGCGGGGGUGGAGGACAUCGACAUCCAGGCGAACUCGGCCUAUCGCUACCCUCCGAAGUCCGGAAACUACUUUGCUUCGCACUUUUUCAUGGGAGGAGAGAAAUUUGACACCCCCCACCCUGAAGGUUACCUCUUUGGAGAGAACAUGGACCUGAAUUUCCUGGGCAGCCGCCCAGUCCAGUUUCCCUACGUCACUCCUGCCCCUCACGAGCCCGUGAAGACGCUGCGGAGCCUGGUGAACAUCCGCAAAGACUCCCUCCGGCUGGUGAGGUACAAAGACGACGCUGAUAGCCCCACCGAGGACGGCGACAAGCCCCGGGUGCUUUACAGCCUGGAGUUCACUUUCGACGCUGAUGCCCGUGUGGCCAUCACCAUCUACUGCCAGGCGUCGGAGGAGUUCCUGAACGGCAGGGCAGUAUACAGCCCCAAAAGCCCCUCACUACAGUCCGAGACCGUCCACUACAAGAGAGGUGUGAGCCAGCAGUUCUCCCUGCCCUCCUUCAAGAUUGACUUCUUGGAAUGGAAGGAUGACGAGCUGAACUUUGACCUGGACCGAGGCGUGUUUCCAGUGGUCAUCCAGGCUGUGGUAGACGAAGGAGAUGCAGUGGUGGAAGUGACCGGCCAUGCCCACGUGCUCUUGGCCGCCUUUGAAAAGCACAUGGAUGGCAGCUUCUCUGUGAAGCCUUUAAAGCAGAAGCAAAUCGUGGACCGGGUCAGCUACCUCCUGCAGGAGAUCUAUGGCAUCGAGAACAAGAACAACCAGGAGACCAAGCCCUCGGACGACGAGAACAGUGACAACAGCAAUGAGUGUGUGGUGUGCCUGUCCGACCUACGGGACACGCUGAUCCUGCCCUGCCGCCACCUGUGCCUCUGUACCUCCUGCGCUGACACGCUGCGCUACCAGGCCAACAACUGUCCCAUCUGCCGGCUGCCUUUCCGGGCCCUCCUGCAGAUCCGGGCGGUGCGGAAGAAGCCAGGAGCCCUGUCCCCCGUGUCCUUCAGCCCUGUCCUGGCCCAGAGCCUGGAGCACGAUGAGCACUCUUGUCCCUUUAAAAAAUCAAAGCCGCACCCCGCCUCCCUGACCAGCAAGAAACCUAAAAGGGAAACAAGCUCUGACAGCGUCCCACCUGGCUACGAGCCCAUCUCGCUGCUUGAGGCGCUCAACGGCCUCCGGGCUGUCUCCCCGGCCAUCCCCUCGGCCCCUCUUUAUGAAGAAAUCACCUAUUCAGGCAUCUCGGACGGCCUGUCCCAAGCCAGCUGUCCGCUCGCCGCUAUUGACCACAUCCUGGACAGCAGCCGGCAGAAGGGCAGGCCGCAGAGCAAGGCCCCCGACAGCACCUUGCGGUCCCCGUCUUCCCCCAUCCAUGAAGAGGAUGAGGAGAAGCUCUCCGAGGACGUGGACGCCCCUCCCCCACUGGGUGGUGCAGAGCUGGCCCUGCGGGAAAGCAGCUCCCCUGAGAGUUUCAUAACAGAAGAGGUUGAUGAGUCGUCAUCACCAAAACAAGGGACCCGAGCGCCUUCCAUUGAGAACGUCCUGCAGGACGGCAGCCCCGAGCACUGUGGCCGCGGCCCACCUGCUGACAUCUACCUGCCAGCCCUGGGGCCCGACUCCUGCUCUGUUGGUAUAGACGAGUAAGCCGGAUGGCCCACCUCCAUGGAGAUGGCCCACGGCCUCGGCACCACCAGCCCCACCUGGCCUCCACUUGGUGGCCCCAGCCCCGAUCCCAGCACCGCCGAGCUGACCCCACUCUGAGAGCCUGGCCGAGCUGGCAGCAUGGAGCCCUCAGCUCCCCAGACUUUGCCGAGGGGCUGCCCCGGACCCCGGUGUUAGCCGGCCUCUCCUGUCUGCAUGCCCCCGCGGCCACCAGGCUCCAUGGGGCCAUGGUGACCCUUGAUCAAAGAGCACAGUGGACUGUUCCCUCCAAGUCUCCCUUUUCUACAGUUGAUAUAUUUGUAACUGGUACAAGAUGAAGGACAGCAGCUUUCCAUCCCUCGUUCAGAGCCCUGGUUCCCCAGGGUCCCGCGGGCUGAGCGGCUGGGGCUGGGGCUGCCCACGUGCGGCCUGUGCUGGCUCUGCCUGCCCCCGCAACACUGCGGUCACUGCCCCAAGAACUCAGCAGACCUACAGAAGAGAUUUACCAGUGGUUGAAGCACUGUCUUCACAGAUGUUCAGGGGCAGUGGGGGGCUCCAGGCACGGUCAAUGAAGGAAACAGUGCCUGUCCGC